AUGUUUGUUUUCAGUUUAACUAAAUCCUUCAAACGCUUGCCUACUGGUGGUAGUUGUAUUUCAAAUACGCCGAGUAAUGGCUAUGUUGCUCGUUAUACAACACAAAAGAGCUUUUUCAAUCGGAAACAAAAACUUGUUAAGUUUAAAAAUGCAUUUAGUGCUCCUGAUCCAAAACUUCAUGUUGUUCUAGGUUCUUCUAGUAGUGGAAAAACUGCAUUGAUCCGCAAGGUAAUGAGUAAAGGUGAUUUCAAUCCUCUUUUUAUCGACUGCCAUAAAGGACAUUUUAACACACCAAAGACAAUAUACAACUCAAUUUCUUCACAACUCCAAACAUUUUUCAAGAAACAUAUGAAAUUCUUGACAAAAAUGCUUCAACAAGUGGAAAUCAGCGCUGUGACAGACGAUUUACAGUUAAAAUUUAAACCAUUUGGUGAGGGUCAAUUUAAUGAGAAAGAGGUUACUUCUAAUGAUGUCAUAGAGUUGCUUGAUAAUAUCGAUAAUGCCCUUCCGAAAUGGACUUGUCGGAAAGGUUAUAACAUACCUCCACCCAUUUUGAUUAUUGCCGAAGUAAACAUGUUUAGCCAACUUGUGAUUUCAAAAAAAGGGAAAAGUUCUUCUCAAUUCAAUUCUAAACUGGCUUGUGGUGAACACGAAACAGGAGAACCACUUCCAUGUUUUUUGCAUAUCCCACAUGCAACCCCAUAUGUUGUUGGAGAUUUGAGUAAGGAAGAUGCUGAAGAAUAUUUUGAAAUGAGUGUUCUUCAUAAAUAUGAAUGCAAAGAACUCAGAGGCAAAUUUGACCGCAUCUGCAGAAUAACAGGUACACGAAUGCUCAUUAUUGAUAUGUAUGUUCCAGAAUACAAAAUUUACAAAGGAAAGCUUGAAGAUUAUGACUUUUCAGUUUAUGAAUCAGAAUAUGGUAAAUUGAUACAUGAUCUUUAUCCUGAGAGCUUGAAAUCUCCAGUUAAGCCUCAUCCACCACUCUGGGAAAAAUCACAUUUAAUCACGACUAUGGAAGCAAUAGUGAAGGCAGAGGAUUUUAGAAAAUGA